AAAAAGAUGCCAAAUAAACCCUAAGAUGUCACAAAAUAUGCUUCAAAUAUUGUUUCAAAAAAAAAAAAAAUUCAAAAAUAAUGUCACAAAAUAAAAUGGUGGGGCUAGUUUAUAAUUCUAGAAGGGCAUGUGAUGUGACAACGAAAAAUCCAGAAGCAAAAGUUGCGGGAAUAAUCUGGAAUCACCUUAACGGUUGAAUCUCUGUCUUUCGCGCUCCUUCUUCUACUCCAUCAUGUCAGUAUUUAAACACUCUCCAGAAGAAUCCAUUUCUUAUUACUGGGGAAAAAAAAACUUCAGAUUUUUCUGCAAAUCACAAAAUUCAAAGAGCUCGUAGCAAAGCUUCAACCUAAUUGUUCUGGGUUUGUGGACUGAUUUUACACUGUUAACUGAGUAAUUGGGAAUUGCGGAUCGUUUGGCGGUUUGUAAACAAGCUCUGUUUUGGUAGCAUAUCUACUAGACUAGCAAGGUUUCGUCUUAAACAAGCUGGUAAAGAUGAAUCCAGUUUACAGAGGCAUGAAUUCUUACCCUUAUCAGACAAAUCAAAUGCCUUCUACUCAGUAUUAUCACCCAAGCUGGGAAGGUGUUCCUCAAAUGAAGGAAGACCCACCAAGCUCCUCUUGCAUGCCUGAGUAUUUGCCUCCCAAUUACGGUUAUCCAGCUCCGAUGCAGUGCCAUAGUUGCUGCUCUCAUGGUCAGCAUCCUACUUAUUACAAUUUCAGACCACCCUGCUCUCAUUUCCCACCACCACCACCAACUUACAAUCACUUUUGUGGUGGCUAUCCUCCUUACCCUCAAUUUCACCCUAUGUACUAUGCCCCACCUCCAAAUUAUUCCAUGGAGCUACCGAAAUAUGAAUAUGAAAAGAGUGUAUCGAGAGAUCAACAUCAUUGCUGUGAAUGUUCAAAUCAUCCAUGCCACAUGAAAGGACGGAAUAGUGUCAAGAUUGAAGAGCAUGAGCCAGAUGUUGAGGCGAAGAGAUCUGAAUCAUUGUUGCCUGCUGGUGCAAAAAACUUUCAAUCUCCAAUCAUGUGGAUUCCACCUGAAUAUUUGAUGAACAAAGAGCAGCCGAGAAGGUUGGUGGAAAAUGAGGCCAGUGGACAAGUAUUUCCGUACUCGAAGAAGCCUCUGGUGCAAUGGGGACCUAAUGAGACAGAAGCACAGGAUAAUGAAGGCUUUCUAAACAGGAAGCCUCACCAGGAUGUACAACCAGCAGAACAAGAUCCAAAUGUAAGGAAUGGAUGGUUCCCAUUGGACUUAAACCGCAUCAAACAGCUAAUGGAUGGUGGAGAUGCGAUGCACAGUCGUGGCCAAGAGAACAGAAGCCGGAACGAAAUUGAAGGCUCUGCAUCUGGUAGGACACCUUACCAGAAUGUGCAAUCAAUUGAACAAAAUCCAAAUACAAGGAAUGGAUGGUUUCCAUUGGACAUGAGUAGAAUUAAACAACUUAUGAAUGGUGGAGAUGUGAUGAAAAGUGAUGACCAAGAAAGCAGAAACCUGGGUGAAAAGAAUGCUCGUGAUGUGGAAAACAAAGAUCUAAGUAAGCAAUACCCUGUCAUAUGGAUUCCUAAUAAUGGCCAGAUGGAGGAUUAUUUAAAGGGCUGGGAGAAUAGAUUUGCAGGGAAAACCACUGCUGAAGAGUCUCCUGCUUUUAAUGAUGUACCCAGAAAACUAGAGCACAUUGAUAAUGAAGCAGAGAAAGGGAGGACUAAAGCAGGAGAUGAUGGCAGUACAGUUGGAACUCAGGGGACUGAAAAAAAGAGUAACGUGAGAAUCAUCCCCGUAAAGCAGUUGGAUGAGUCUGUUGACAAGUUGUCAAAGAAAGAUGAUGAUCAUAAGGUUGAUGGAGCACCAGUGAGCAAAGCAAGUCAGGACUCAGCAAAAAAUUGUACCAGCAAGCAGUCCACUAAGAAGUCUAAGCUUCCUCCAAUUUGCUUGAGGGUUGAUCCACCAAAGAAAAAAAAUGGCAAUGGAAGCUCAAGGUCUACUAGUCCACCCGGUGACAAAAAGCGACAAAUUUUUCAGGAGCCCAGCUCCGUGAAAGAUAAUAAGCAACCAAAUUUAGAGAUAAAAGUCAAGGAUGUAGAGGAGAAGGUGCUUGGCCAGAAUAAAAGUAAACCUUAUGGUGCAGGUGACACAAAAGAAGGCUCACAAAAUUUGAAAGAUGAGCUAACCAGUGCAGAGAAUAUGGUAAUGCAACAGGCUGAUAUUGAUAAACCAGAAGAUAAGAAGGGUAGUGUUGAUAAGGUGCAAUCAAAAGGACCACAGGCAGCAAUUGCUGGUGGAUCUAAGCAAGAAAGCAAUCAGAAGAGAAAAUUCAUGUCAGAUAUGGAAGCAGCUGUUGUUAUACAGUCUGCAUAUCGUGGAUAUAAUGUUAGAAGAUGGGAACCAAUAAAAAAGCUCAAACACAUUGCCAAAGUUCACGAAGAGGCCAUUCUGGUAAAAAACCUUGUUAAAGAUCUCGAGUCUCGUGCCAUAGAAGACAAGGAGAAAGUAGCUAUUGGGGAGACGAUAAUGAAUCUGCUGCUGAAGCUGGAUUCUAUACAGGGAUUGCAUGAAAGUGUACGAGAUGUCAGGAAAUCUGUGGCAAAAGAGUUGAUUAGUUUACAGGAAAAGCUUGACAACAUAACGAGCCAAAAGUGUUCUGGCUUUGAGAAGGUUAAUGAAAGUGUUGGAAAAUCUUCUGAAGGCUCCAGCUUACAUAGAGAUAAUGGUGCAUCUGAAAGAGAGGGGAUUAACUCAAAUAACAUAUCUUCAAGUCAAUCUCCUCUUUGUCAGGAUGUUUUGGGCGGCUCUCAAAGUAACAAUAACACUAAAGAAGAAUCAGUGGUGGAAUUGGAAUCACAAAUAGGACCUCAAGAUGAGAAUGUGAUUUCACCAGCAAGAAGAGAUGGGGAUGUUGUAGCAGCUGGAUUGGUUUCGGAAAUAAUAGAGCCGCCGAAUGCAAGUGAUAAUGUCCAGGGACAAUCACCAAUAGAACCACCUGAAGAGUUGCUAGUCAAAGCAAAUCCUGUAAUGGACACAGUCAUGGAGGAUGAUAUAGUAUAUGGGAACAAAGAUCAGGAAGCAAAUCUACUAUCUGAACUACCUCAAGAGGUUGUUGAGCAGGAGUCUUUAGUUACCAUGAGCCCUGUUAAGGAGACAGCAGUGCAGAAUGGUCUGGUUUCUGGAAUUAAGGAUCAGGAGGAACAUCAGCCAUUACUGCCUCAAGAGGUCAAUGAGGAGUUGCUCUCUAAUGAUAACAUCGCUGAAGACACAGCAGGGCAGAGUGACGUUGCUGGGAAUGGGGAGCACGAAGCAGAUUUUCUCUCUGAACUGCCUGUAGAGGUUGUCGAGGAAGACGACAAAAUGGAGAUUUCACUGACAGAGCAUGAUUUAGGCGCUUCCAAGCUCAGUUCUCCAGAAGAUGGCAAGGAGCUAACUGAGGCUAAGACUUCAGGAAACUCGAACAAUGAUCAAGAGUUGGAUCAACCUGGCGAGGGGCUAGAAGCAGGAAAUGAGAGAAUUGUAGUCAGUAAGCAUGAAAAUCACGAGGCCCUUGAAAUGUCUAGCGAGGAGACCAUAAAUGGCCAGAAAACUGGAUCUAAUGUCGUCCCUGCAAACAUUGAAAUGCCAGUUCUGGAGGAGGUAGGCAGCAAGCUUCCAGAAUCUGGUGAAGGGGAGGUCUUUGCAGUGGAACCUGGUGUUCCGGUAGAAGGUGGUGUUGAAGUCCCACCCCAUAAAGAAAAUGAGGACGAGUUUAGGGUGGAGAGGUUAGAAAGCAAUGUGGAAUGUUCUUCAAGUUCUACAUCACUCAUAGAUCCAUUUGACUACAAUGAGUAUACAUCAGAGUUCUUAUCUGGUGAUCAGGGGAACGAGUCUGAAACUGUUAAGCCAGAACAUCCAGAAUCUGAUGUGCAGCAAUCUAAAGAGAAAGAAGGAACUAUGGGAGAAUCCUUAAAUGAUCGAAGCUCGGUUGUAGGAGAUACAAAGGAUGAGCAAAUUGAUAAGAAAAUAGUAGAAGAGAAUGAGAAGCUAAGAGAGAUGCUGGAAAAGCUACUUGCCGCUGGGAAGGAGCAGCAAGAAGUCAUAUCUAGUUUGAAUGGGAAGGUGAAAGACUUGGAAAAGAAGCUUGCAAAGAAGAAAAGCGUAAAAUCAGCAAAGCAUCCAAAAGUUAGAGUCUCCCGUUCUUCGUGUGGGAAACCUGCUAAUGGCUCACCAAGAGAAAGGUCACUAGGCAUUGCAUCCUGAACAUACUCUUGUAAUGUUGAAUUUGUGAGUGUUUGUAUGAGUGCUGUGUAUUGGAGUGACUUUCUGUGAUAAAGUUGAAAUGGUUGUAUAUUUUUCUCUGUUACAAAUAAAGAACAGUUUUCUGUUUUUUUGGUA